UUCCUCCCGAAGUCGAAUGGAAAGGCACAAGAAACGCAGAAACAUCACCAAUAAAUAAAACAUCUCAGCAUGCCCUGACCCGGUGUUUGUACGUUUCCCCUUGAAACAAAAAAAAAGCAGCAUCCCGUGUCAAAAAUUUGACUUCCAAAACGAGUGGCCGGAGGAAUUUUUACACUUUUCGCGCGGAUGAGUAGUCUAGCAGUUCAAUCGUCGGUCUCUUCGUCUUCGCUUGCGUCGUUCACCAGUGCAAAUCCAUCGCCGUCGCCGUCUUCCAGCGGUAAUUCGAUUAUCCUGUCCCUGGCCGUGGAAGCGCUGUUUUGUGUGGGAAGUGGUGCUUUCGGAGCGAUGAGUAUCCUGCAGCGGGGCGGACUCAGCGAUGUGCUCAAAUACGUGGGCUUGACAACGGUGGCGGCCGGUUCACUGCUGCUGCUGUUGGAGAACCGCGAACGCCGGAAGCGGACCUUCAGCGAGCGCUCGGUCGUGAUUGUGACCGGGUGCGAUUCCGGGUUAGGAUUCAACAUAGCGCAAAUGUGCCACCGGAUGGGAUUUGUCGUCUUUGCCGGAUGUUUGAAAAGCGAUUCCGAUGGGGCCCGGAUGCUGCAGGAGCUGGACGGGAAGUGCGGACGGAUGAUUUUGCUCGAGGAGCUGGACAUAACGCUCGAGGAGAGGAUCAUGUGCGCGAGGAAGAAGGUGAAGGACUUCCUGAAGUCCAAACCGGAAUGCGAACUGUUCGCGCUGAUCAACAACGCAGGGGUAAUGUGCUUCGGCGAGUUCGAGUGGCAACUGGAGCGCCAUCUGGAGCAGCAGAUCAACGUGAAUCUCCUGGGGACGAUGAAGAUGACGAAGGCCUUCCUGCCGCUUCUAAGGCAGCAGCGUGGUCGAGUGAUUAACGUGACGAGUCACUGCUCGCUGCAAGCUCUUCCUGGCCUUUCGGUCUACUCGGCAACCAAAGCGGCGCUCCGUUACUGGACCGAAGGACUGCGGAUCGAGAUGUCCAGCUAUGGCGUUCCGGUGGUGAACUUCAUCCCGGGAUCGUUGGUCAUGCAGAGUAACAUCUGUGCCAACCAGCAGCAAUAUGCCGAGCAGAUGAAGGCCGGGUUCAGCGAGGAGCAGGCUCAAUUCUACGGCAGCUACUUUGACGAGUACAACGCCUAUCUCCGGGUCAUAUCCGGAUCGAAGCCGGUGCAAAGCUUGGCGGGCAAUCAUCCCGUGUUGAGAUGCUUCGAGGACGCCCUGCUGGAUGCCAAACCGAAGCCCCUGUACAAGUGCGAACCGUGGCGCUAUCGAAUGUACCAUUUCCUGUUCAGAAUCUCGCCCACGGCCAUCAGCGAUUGGCUUGUGAGGAGAUUUGUGGCCAUGCCGGAGUACAGGACGCCUGAGUCCAGACGGGGCCAAGGAAUCGUCGCCAGUUUGUGAUCGAAAUUCAAAGUGUCUCAAUGUUCCUAGCAAGAUGCAAUAUAUCAGUUACCAUUUUAAAAA